AAUAUUUAGAUUCUUGAUGAAUUUUGUUUCUUAUUCGUUUGUUUUAUCUCUUUUGUAAAGGGGUUCGGUUAAUAAAAAAGUGGAUAUAGAAAUAGAAUUGGAUAUUCUUAAUUGUUCUGAAUCUUUGCACAAUGGUCCCAAUAUUGGAAAGUACAAAGUGAAAACCGGCCAAUAAGAAAAUUCCUAGUGAAACAAAAUAUUAUUAAAAGUAAUAUAUUCAUUAACUAACAACAUUUGUUUAUUUUGAUAGAAAUUAUAAAAAUAAUAUAAAAUAAUAUUUUUUUUAUUCAGAAACAUUAGUUCCUUUUUGAACUAAUUGAUUAUUUUACAUUACAAUAAAAAGAGAUCCAUAUAUAUCUAUUAUCUAUGAAAAAUUUGGAAAAGGUUUAGAAUAUUCAAUGUUUUUACUUUACCUUUGGAUCGAAAAAAAAAGAAAGAGUUAAUUCAGAUAGAUAAGACAUACGGAAUAAUUCGUUUUCAUUUACAGAACAAAUGUCUUUCACAUCAAACUAUAGCAACGAAAAAACUAUACUAAUUGUAUGCCAGUUCCAAAAAAACGCACUUCUAUAUCAAAAAAAAAAAUUCGUAAGAAUUUUUGGAAAAAAAAAGGAUAUACGGCAGGAUUGAAAGCCUUUUCAUUAGCUGAAUCCAUUUUCACAGGUAACUCAAAAGGUUUUAACUCAAAAGGUUUUGGUUCAGGUAACUCAAAAGGUUUUGGUUCAGGUAACUCAAAAGGUUUUGGUUCAGGUAACUCAAAAGGUUUUAACUCAAAAGGUUUUUUUUAAGGUAACUCAAAAGGUUUUUUUUGUAAGAAAAAAAAUGUUGGACUAGAAUACUAUGAAUUAGCUCGAUUUAAAGAGUAUUCUUUAAUAGUCAUUUUAUACUAAUAGUAUUUACUAAUACUAUAUAUAGAAUAGUAAACAUCUAUUUAGAAUAUAUUAUAUAUUAUAGAAUAAUAUAUAAUAUAUUCUAAAUAUAUCUAUAAUCUAAUUUUUUUGAAUGAGUCAUAAGCAACUACAAAAAAAAUUUCUUUUUCAUUACUGGAUUGAAGUCAGAACGAGAUAGUUCUAGUUUCAACAGUGCUUUUUUUUUAAUUUGAAAAAGUCAAAAUUGAAAAUUAUAAUAAUAAUAGAAAUAAAUAUAGAAAUCAAAACGUUGUUUUACUUAAAUAUAAAAUGAUUCCAUAUAGAAUAUAUUUCUAUAUUCAUAUCUUUUCAAUAUUUAGAAAAAAUGAAAUUACUUUUUUUUUAUUAUGAAUUUAUAUAAUAAAUGUUUAGUAAAGAAAUGUACUCAAUAAAUAUAGGACUUUACUUUAUUCAAUCUCGACGAUUGAAUAAAGAAUUGGUUAUUAUGAUUUCGAGUAAGCCGCCGCUAUGGUGAAAUUGGUAGACACGCUGCUCUUAGGAAGCAGUGCUAGAGCAUCUCGGUUCGAGUCCGAGUAGCGGCAUGGCAUACUAUAUUUUAUUUUAAAUUAAAAGAAUCAUAAGUCCUAUAAUGAAUUCAAUUCCCUAUUUCUAUUCCGAGUAUUCAUACCUUUUUUAUUUUCAUUAUAGAUAUUUUUAUUUUCAUUAUAUAUAUGAUAUUUUCAACUUUAGAGCAUAUAUUAACUCAUAUAUCGUUUUCCCUGAUAUCAAUUGUUAUUUCAAUUCAUUUGAUAACCUUAUUAGUCAAUGAAAUUGUAGGAUUAUAUGAUUUGUCCAAAAAAGCCAUGAUAAUAACUUUUUUCUGUGUAACGGGAUUGUUAAUUACUCGUUGGUUUUUUUCGGGACAUUUACCAUUUAGUGAUUUAUAUGAAUCCCUAAUCUUUCUUUCAUGGGGUUUUUCCAUUUUUCAUAUGGUUCCUUUUUUUAAAAAGGAUAAAAACCUUUUAAGUACAAUAAUUGCACCAAGUGUUAUUUUUACCCAAGGCUUUGCGACUUCGGGUCUUUUAACCAAAAUGCAUCAAUCCGUAAUAUUAGUACCCGCUCUACAAUCCCAUUGGCUAAUGAUGCACGUAAGUAUGAUGAUACUGGGCUAUGCAGCUCUUUUAUGUGGAUCAUUAUUAUCAGUGGCUAUUUUAGUCAUUACGUUUCAAGAAGUCAUCCAAAUUCUUUCUUUUAGCAAGAAUUUGGAUUCUUUAAAAAAAAAGUUGAUUUUGUUGAAAUCAAAUACAUGAAUAGGAAUGAAAGAAACAAUGUUUUACGAAGAAUUUCUUUUUCAUCUUCUAGUUCUAGAAAUUAUUACAGGUGUCAAUUUAUUCAACAAUUGGAUCGUUGGGGUUAUCGUAUUAUUAGUCUGGGUUUUCUCUUUUUAACGGUAGGUAUUCUUUCAGGAGCAGUAUGGGCUAACGAGGCAUGGGGUUCCUAUUGGAAUUGGGAUCCAAAGGAAACUUGGGCCUUUAUUACUUGGACCAUAUUCGCAAUUUAUUUACAUACUAGAAAAAAGAAAAAAUUAGAAGGUAUAAAUUCUUCAAUAGUGGCCUCGAUAGGAUUUCUUAUAAUUUGGAUAUGUUAUUUUGGGAUCAAUCUAUUAGGAAUAGGACUACAUAGUUAUGGUUCAUUUACAUCUAAUUGACUAAAAGAACCUGAGAAAGCAAAAUAUGGAAAGCAUAUAUACUUUCCAUAAAUCGUCGAGAACCCUUUCAAUCAAGUAAUGUAAUGAUUCAAGGGGUUCUCACAAACAACAAACAUAUUCAAUUAUAAUUUCAAUUUUUUAAGUGAAUAUAAAAUCUAACGGAAAAAUAUUUUUUUUAUCUUUUUGAUUCAUUUAUUCACAAAAAUCAUCGUUAAUGAUAUAAAAAUAGAAUAGUUAAUGAUAUAAACUUCAAUAAUUCAUCAUUUCUAAAUUUAGUAGUAUUAUUGAGACGAAGUUCUGACCAUGUGUCCGAGAAACAAGAGCGGUUGGAUCUCUAUCAAUGGAAUCUCAUCACCCAUACAUAACAAAUUGGUGCGGUAUAUUCAACUUAUAUUAUAAUAUAUGAACAGUAAAAAAGCUAGUAUUCUUAUUGAGACUAGAACUCAUAGGGAAGAAAGAAUAAAAUAGAUUUAUGAAUGGAAUCAAAUAUGCAGUAUUUACAGAAAAAAGUAUUCGGUUAUGGGGAAAAAAUCAAUAUACUUUUGAUGUCGAAUCAGGAUCAACUAGGACAGAAAUCAAACAUUGGAUGGAACUCUUCUUUGGUGUCAGGGUAAUAGCUAUGAAUAGUCAUCGACUCCCAAGAAAGGGUAGAAGAAGAAGAAUGCGACCUAUUAUAGGACAUACAAUGCAUUACAAACGUAUGAUCAUUACGCUUCAACCGUGUUAUUCUAUAGAAAUUAGAACUAAUCAAGAAUCCGGAGAUAUAUGAUAAUAUUACUUUUGGAUAUUUCUGAAUUGAAUCAAAAAUGGAUAUCUGAAUUCUCGGAAAAACUUGACAAAGACAUUAUUAUUAGGGUGAAUAAGGAAGUAGGGCAAACAUAUCUUGUAGUAUUAUUCUGGGAUGAAGAUUAAAUUCAUCAACAACGUAUGAUCAUUACGCUUCAACCGUGUUAUUCUAUUCCACCUCUUAGAAAGAAAAGAACUUUAAUAAAAAUACACUUAAUAACAUAACAUGGCGAUACAUUUAUCCAAAACUUCUAGCCCGAGCACACGCAAUGGAGCCGUAAACAGUCAAGUGAAAUCCAAUUCACGAAAUCGUUUGAUUUCUGGACAGCAUCAUUGUGGUAAAGGGCGUAAUGCCAGAGGAAUCAUUACCGCAGGGCAUAGAGGGGGAGGUCAUAAGCGUCUAUACCGUAAAAUUGAUUUUAGACGCAAUGAAAAAGACAUAUAUGGUAGAAUCAUAACCAUAGAAUAUGACCCUAAUCGAAAUGCACACAUUUGUCUCAUACACUAUGGGGAUGGUGAGAAAAGAUAUAUUUUACACCCCAAAGGGGCUAUAAUUGGAGAUACCAUUGUUUAUGGUACAGAAGUUCCUAUAAAAAUGGGAAAUGCCCUACCUUUGAAAUCUACUUCAACCGAUAUGCCGUUAGGCACGGCCAUACAUAACAUAGAAAUAACACUUGGAAAGGGUGGACAAUUAGCUAGAGCAGCGGGUGCUGUAGCGAAACUGAUUGCAAAAGAGGGUAAAUCAGCAACAUUAAAAUUACCUUCUGGAGAGGUCCGUUUGAUAUCAAAAAACUGCUCAGCAACAGUCGGACAAGUAGGGAAUGUUGGGGUAAACCAGAAAAGUUUGGGCAGAGCCGGAGCUAAACGUUGGCGAGGCAAGCGUCCUGUAGUAAGAGGGGUAGUUAUGAACCCUGUAGACCAUCCACAUGGGGGUGGUGAAGGGAGGGCGCCAAUUGGUAGAAAAAAACCCUCAACUCCUUGGGGUUAUCCUGCACUUGGAAGAAGAACUAGAAAAAGCAAUAAAUAUAGUGAUAAUUUGAUUCUUCGUCGCCGUAGUAAAUAGUCAGUGGAGCGUAGAGAAAAUAGAAUUUGUUUCUUCGUCUUUACAAAAGAAAAGAGCAAUUUACUAUGACAUUAUAUGAUUUUCUUUUUUUAGAGAUUCUAUAUUUUAUUUUAAAAAAUUUGAAAUAUAAAAUAUAAGAGAAAAAAUUCACUUUUUUACAAAUUAUAAGAGGAAUAAUUAACAACUAUGACACGUUCACGAAAAAAAAACCCUUUUGUAGCGAAUCAUUUAUUAAGAAAAAUAAAGAAGCUUAACACAAAAGGAGAAAAGGCAAUAAUAAAAACUUGGUCCAGAAAAUCUACCAUUAUACCUAUAAUGAUUGGGCAUACCAUUGCUAUCCAUAAUGGAAAAGAGCAUUUACCUGUUUAUAUAACAGAUCGUAUGGUAGGCCAUAAAUUGGGAGAAUUUUCACCUACUCUAAACUUCGGAGGAUUUGCGAAAAAUGAUAAUAAAUCUCGUCGUUAAGAUUUCUAUUAACCUACCACAUUCAUUUGAAGUUACAAAAUUCAUAUUCAUCAUUUUUCAAUCGGAGGAUGAAAAAUGAUAAUACAUAUCGUGCUUAAGAUUUAUAUUUACCUACCGUUACCAUUCAUUGAGUGGCUGAUUUGGUGGUUCUCAAUCAACAACAUGAGUGUUGACCUAUAUUUCCUUAACAUUCAUUUGACGCUACAAUUAGUAUUCAUCACUAAUGAUGAUUAAUUAAGAAAUUUAUCAAUUUGUGUCGAGUCACAACACAAACAAAGCGUGAAUGGUAAUUAAUAUUAAUAAUAUUCAAAAA